AUGGAGCCCAACAGCCCUAAAAAAAUACAGUUUGCUGUCCCACUGUUUCAGAGUCAAAUAGAUCCCGAGGCAGCUGAGCAGAUCAGGAAAAGAAGGCCUACACCAGCAUCACUUGUCAUCAUGAAUGAACACAUGCCCCCAGAAAAAGACGAGAAGAGAACAAACAUCUCACAGGCAGAGUCCCAGAGCGGCUCUCCCAAGCAGAGGAAGCAGAGCGUCUUCACCCCACCGGCCCUCAAAGGUACUGUGCAG